AUGGCUUCUGUCGAACCCACUAUUGCCUCUACUAUUGCUGCCGCUGACUCGGCUAAAUCAGUUUGGGAUGCUUUGCAUACCACUUAUGCGAAUAAAUCUCAAACCCGAGUCUUCAAUGAGUUAGCCACUGCUGGUGCUCCUGUUUCCAAUCCUGAACUCAUCGUCAAAAUACUUAGGGGUCUAGGUCCUGAAUUUCGUGAGAUCUCUGUUGCCAUUCGUGCACGCGAUACAACUAUCUCCUAUGAGGAACUGUUUGAAAAGCUACUGGACUUUGAACUCUUCCUUCGCCAUGAGGAUGCUAAGAAACUACCUAGUACCAUAACUGCUGCAGUUGCUACUCCUACCAAAUUCAACUUCAAUAAUCGCAACAGUCGUAGACAAACCAACAACUCUCAACAAUAG